GCUGCGGCGACGCGGCGGCGCAGCGGUUCGCGUGACGCUGGUGGAGCCGCGGGCGCCGCUGCAGGCGACGAGCCAGUUUUCCACAGAAUGCUACCGGGACUUCUUUGUGGACACGGCCUUGGUGCCCUUCAUGUCGCGCUCGGUCUCACUGCUCGAAGAGUUAGCUGAAACAGAUGACGCGAUCAAUCUGAACAGGCGCGGCUACUGCUUCUUUGCAGGGUCUGAUGCCGGAACGAAGGCCUUGGAGCGCUUCGGUGUCCAAGCCUCCAGCUUCGGCGCCGGGCCCUUGCGGCGCCACGAUGGAAGCGCUGGACGUGGACUGGCGGAGUAUGAGAGGAGCUGCCAGGGCACCCCUCUCAGAAAGCGUGUCAGCCGGAAGACCGGUCGGUUCGGGUCAUGGGAACCGACCGGGGUUCACCACGAAUGGACGACCUCCGUAGCCGUUCGCUACCAGGCUUUCUUCUGCCCGGCGGGUUCCGGGUGCCAUGACCCACACCCAAAUCUGGUGGUGAAUUUGGAGUACGGAACGCUUGAUGCAGAAAGGAGACGGAGGAGUCCCGCCAAUGGAUUUCGGGGCCCCACGGGCUUGGACCUCGUCUACGGCCCGGAGCUCAUCCAGGAGAUCUACCCCUUUGUGACCUCGAAGGCACAGGUCAUGCUCCACGCCCGCCGCUGCGGAUGGCUGGACGCGCAGGCUUUGGGCCGGGCGAUGUUGACUGCGUCGGGCGGGCAAGUGCUGCGUGGCGAGGUGGUCGGCUUCGACACCCACCAGGGCGCCGUGACCGCAGUGCAGGUCCAACAGAACGACGGUGUAGCAGUGUCGCUGAAGUGUGACGCCUUUGUGAAUGCAGCAGGCGCUUGGAUGGAAAGGGUGAACAAGCUGCUGGAGGCGCCGCCGUUGCCUUUGAAGAACGAGGUUCACGCCAAAGUGAUCCUCAACGACGUGCAGGGCGUGAUCCCGCAGACCGCCCCUUUCAUGGUCUGGCGCGACCAAGUGGACCUGGACUGGGAGGAAGACAUGAAGGAGUUCCUCUUGGAGCUGGAUGACACCGCAACUGGUGGAAUGGUGAACUCAGCUUCCUGGUUGGCCAAGCAACCAGGAGGCCAGCAUUUGCGCCCCUGUGGCAAUGGCCGUGUGCUGCUCCUUUGGGAGCAUCUCCACCGGCACGUGCCAGUGCCGGAGGAUCCUGAAAUGCCCAUCAGCGAUUUCUUGGAGAUGUAUCCGGAGCUUUGCGUGAGAGGCCUCAAAGAGAUGGUGCCCGGCCUCGGUGGGUACGUGGAGGGCUUGGGGAAGGACACCAGCGUUGAUGGAGGCUACUACACCGUCAUGCCGGAUGGCCGCCCACUGGUGAGCCCUCACGGUGCCUCCAACGCUUAUGUCUGUGGAGGCAUGGGCACCUACGGCUUGAUGGGCUCACCUGCUGCAGGAGAGCUGCUGGCCAUGCAUCUUCUGCAGGAGCCUUUGCCCAGCUACGCGGACGCCUGCCUGUGGCCGCGGCGCAGCGUGCCUGAAGAAGAGGUCAUUGACCUGUUGGACGAGUCCAGCUAGCGCCGAAGCCGAACUCGCCGAACUGCGCGGCCCAGCUGGUCGCCACACCUCGUCGCUGUGGCGUUCAGCGGCGGACUCGAUGCGUUCAGCGGCCGCGUUCAGCGAGCCACGGAGGAGAUGACGAUGACUUGGCCAACAGCGAAAACGGUCUCAAAGCACCCUCACUCCGGCACCCUUUCCACCUUCUCUGAGAAAGUGAUCGGUCACAGCAGAUGUUAACACCCUGGACGACAGAUGACAGGCUCGCGUGGCUUGACAGCGGCAUCUUGAACACCUUUGUGCCAUGGAGGAAGCGCUCUGGAUUGAUCCUGAAGAAAAUCGUCUCCGCGCGCCAUGGGGGAUUGUCAGAAUCUUUCAGAAAUUUCAGAAUCAGGUCGCUGC